GCCACUUCUAAGCUGCCAGGGGUCUCCCCAGGUCGGCAGGAGCCCGUAAAGGACGUGAGGGCAGUCCCUCCAGCGAGCGCCACAAACGACAGCGGCUCUGACCGGCACUCUCCCAGCAUCACCCACUGUCGGCAUAGCAGUGCCGGCAGCAGCAUCACGGGUGUCUUGGCAACAAGCCGGGCGGAAGUGAUGCAGACUGGCUCGAUGGGCGCCUGCUCGGCCCCGGCCACCUCUUCGAGCGCCUCCGUCUCCCCCUCCCCUUCCCCAAGGCCCGCGAAUCCCGGCCACCUCUCCCCCGCUCUCUCGUCCUUGGCCAUCACUCCCGCGUCCCCUUGCUCCACCGCCAGGAAGGUGCUGGCGACACGUCCUUCCUUCUCUCCCCAGACUCUCAGCCCCUCCUUUUUGAUGGCGGCAGUGGCGAAAGGGAGGGGCCAGGGAAGCGGAGAGUCUGAGACGGGGGAGAGCGCCGAGAGCCUCCGACCUGACGCGCCUCAGGUGAAACCGCCGGUGCGACAGGAGGAGGUUGAGGCACGAGGGAAAGCCCCGGCUUCGGUGGGGAAGGAGAAGGUGCUCAGGGCCAUGGAUGUGGUCGGGCGGCAUGAUCCGGGCCAGGCGGGGACGGAGGGGUUGCUCUCAGGAGGGACGGAGGAGAAGGGGGUGGAGCGGGCGAGCUCGGCGCGUCGAGAGAAGGAUUUUAUCGACAAAGGAGGGCGGGAAACGGGGAGAGAGGCCAAGGAACAGGACACAGGGCCGUGCGAGGUUGCUGUGCUAGCUCCCUCUGCUCCUGCGAGGGGGCGGGGGCGCGCUUCGCCCCCGUCGGGUCUCGGGGACCUGGAAAGCCCGUCCAGGGUGGGAAAAGGGGAGGCGCUGGAGGCGGGGGGCGAGCAGUCGUGCGAGCGCCCGAGAUAUGCAAAGGGAGGGUGCGAGGACGCCGAGGCCGGGCAUGCGCCGGCGUCGGAGGCGCAGGAAGCGGGGCAGGCGCUAGAGGCGUUGGAAGAGGAGUGCCGCUCUCUCUCGGUGCGCCUGCAAGCGGCCCACAAGGGAGCUCAGAUCCUGGGAGAGGAGGCCGCGCGGGCCAACGAAGAGCUCGGGCGUCGGACAGAGCUCCUGCAAAACCUGGAAGCUCACGCUAACGAACGCGAGGCGGAGCUCCAAGAGCUGCGGGCGGCCCUGAGAGGGGCAGAGGCGGGCAGGGAGGACGCGGAGCAGCAGCAGGGAGUGUGGGAGGAGAGGUGCCGGCGGACGGAGGGCGUUCUGGGCCUGGUACUCGAGCGGGAGAAGCGGCUUAUGCGCGAGAAGCUGGAGCUGAGGGAGGAAAUGACCGAGAUCCGGCGGCGGGCUUAUGAGUAUGAGCGGAUGGCGGGCCUCCCCCCAAGCCAACCAUUCGCCCGCGGAUGA